AUGCUUUCUUCGUGCGUUGUUCACCGCGGACCAUCCUUUCGUUAUUCGUCCUGUAAGCCUCGCACAGACAUGGGCAAGCCUCGUGGAUUGCGGACGGCGCGCAAGCACCGCAGCCAUCGCCGUGACCAGCGGUGGCAUGACAAGGACUACAAGAAGGCCCAUCUGGGUACCCGCUGGAAGGCUAACCCCUUCGGAGGCGCCUCGCACGCUAAGGGCAUUGUGCUCGAAAAAGUUGGUGUUGAAGCCAAGCAGCCCAACUCUGCCAUUCGGAAGUGCGUCCGAGUACAGCUCAUCAAGAACGGCAAGAAGAUCACCGCCUUCGUGCCCCGGGACGGUUGCCUGAACUACAUUGAGGAGAACGACGAGGUCCUGGUGGCAGGUUUCGGUCGUAAGGGUCACGCCGUGGGUGACAUCCCCGGUGUCCGUUUCAAGGUGGUUAAGGUCGCCAACGUGUCCCUGCUCGCCCUGUACAAGGAGAAGAAGGAGCGACCGCGCUCAUAGGGCACAAUAAACAUUUCAUACAGCUCAC